GCUGAGGGCCUGAGGCCCGCGUCCAUGCUAUGCGCGGGAACCUCCCGUCCGCCGCUGCUGCCGCCGCCGCCGCGUCCAGCAAUGGUGCCGCCCUCCCUCUCUCCUUCUCCCACACGAAGCAGCUCCACGCGCGCCUCAUCCUCGCCUCCCCCGCCUCCUUCCCCGCCGACCUCCGCCUCCUCCUCCUCCGCUCCUACGCCGCGCGCGGCGACCUCGCCUCGGCCCGCCGCCUGCUGGACGAGGCGCCCCGCCCGGCCUCGCCGCUCCUCUACAACGCGCUCAUCCGCGCCCACGCCCGCCGCCUCGACCUCCCCGCGGCGCUCGCGCUCUUCGCCCGCAUGCGCCGCUCCGCCACCCCGCCCGACGCGCGCACCUUCGCCUGCGUCCUCCGCGCCUGCGCCGACUGCUCGCGCCCGGGCGCCCUCAAGGUCGUGCAUGGCGUCGCGUCAUCCCGCGGCAUGUGCCCGCAUCCGGUCGUGGGGAGCGCGCUCGUCAGCGGGUACGCGAAGCUUGGCCUCUUGGACGAUGCUCGCCGCGUGUUCGAUGGAUUGCGUGAGCCGGACUUGGUUCUCUGGAACUCCAUGAUGUCUGCGUAUAGUUACCGGGGGAUGUGGCACGAUGGUCUACAGAUGUUUUCGGCAAUGCGGAGAGCUGGGGAGCAGCCGGAUGGGUAUUCAAUGGUUGCCUUAGUCUCAUGCUUCUGGGAUCUGGAAGCACUUGCAUUUGGUGAAGCGGUUCACGGAUUGUGUGUCAAAGGGGGUUUUGACUCCGGGCACCAUGUGAGAAGUGCACUUGUUUCCAUGUACAUGAGAUGUGGGUGCAUGGAAUCUGGCCAAAGCUUGUUUCAUAACCUACCAGAUGCGGAUUUAGUUACCUGGUCAUCACUGAUUACUGGGCUAUUGCAAACUGGCAAGUACAUGGAGUCAUUUGAUUUGUUUCGACAAAUGUGCUUUACUGGGAGAAGGCCUGACAGAAUAUUGAUUGCUAGUGUUCUGUCAGCAUGUGCUUCUACAACUGCUAUCAGUUGUACCAGGGAGGUCCAUUGUUAUGUGCUCAGGCUUGGAGCCGAUAAUGACAUUAGAGUCUCAUCUUCACUAAUGGAUGCUUAUGCAAAAUGUGGUUUCGCUGAGCUCGGGUAUUGUGUGUUCUGCCAAAUACCUAAUAAGAAUUCAGUCAUGUACAACACAGUCAUAUCAAACCUUGGAUCUCAUGGUUUUGCAACUAAGGCCAUUGAAGUCCUUGAUGAGAUGGUCAAUGAUGACCUCAGGCCUGAUAGUGCUACCUUCUCUGCUUUACUUGCUGCUUGUUGUCAUGUGGGAAACUUGGUGGAGGGAUGGAAGUUGUUCAGGAGAAUGAGGGAUGAGUUUGAGAUAGUGGUUGAAAUGGAGCACUAUGUGUACAUGGUGAGGCUUCUUGCAACGUUUGGCCAGCUGAAGGAGGCAUAUGAUCUUAUACAAACAAUGCAAAUACAACCAGAUUGUGGUGUGUGGGGUGCAUUGCUUUGGGGUUGCUGUGUCCAUCGUGAUUCCAGCCUUGGCAGGAUUGUUGCUCAAAAGCUUGUUGAAUUCAAUCCAGACAAAGCUACUUACAGAGUCCUGCUCUCAAACCUUUAUGCCUCACAAGAGAUGUGGUGGGAUGCUGAGGAGAUUAGGGAUGAAUUAUCAAAGGAAGAAAUGUAUAAGAACACAGGGAUAAGUUGGGUUGGUGAAGUAAAGAAAUGAUAGUUAGCAUCAGUCACUGAAAAGCAUGUAGAUAUCAAGUACUCCAUUUUCAAAAGGUAAUGUGCGGUUUGAACUAAUGUGUUCUCCAAAGUCACACUUUGACCAUGAAUAUCUUGUAUAUUAUAAUGUUUAUUACCAUAAAAUUGACAUCAUAUGAAAGUGUUUCCAAAUACAAAUCCAAUGAUAUCAAAUUUUUAUGGUAUUAUGUAUAAAUUAUUGGACUACAUAUUGGUCAAAAGGUUAAAAUGUUUGAAUA